AUGGCUGGAGAGCAGAAUUCCCUCAGCAGCGACCCGCCACCUUCUUCUACCGCGGAAGGCGCCGUUGCAGGACCAUCUGGCGAGGGCUACGACCCCAAAUGCGUGUUCUGUCGGAUCGCUCGACAAGAGGAGCCUGGCACCCAACUGCUGCCCUGCGAGUCUGAAGACCUGGUUUGCUUCCCAGAUAUCAGACCUGGGGCACCACACCAUUAUCUUGUGGUGCCAAAGAAGCACAUUGGGAACUGCAAAACUCUAAAGAAAGAAGAUGUAUCCUUAGUGGAGAAAAUGAUCACUGCUGGAAAAACCGUUCUUCAGAAGAAAAACGUCACUAACCUGAGCGAUGUGAGAAUGGGUUUCCACUGGCCUCCAUUCUGCUCUAUAGGCCACUUGCACCUUCAUGUCCUGGCACCAGCCAGUCAACUGGGCUUCUUAUCCAGACUGAUUUAUAGACGCAAUUCAUACUGGUUCAUCACAGCUGAUCAGAUGAUUGAACGACUACAGGCUUGAAGUGCUACCAGCUGAAGAGUGGUCUUGAUCUUGGCUCACAGUAAACUAAAAACUUGGGUGCUUAGAAAUCUCUUAUAGUUUGAAGUGUUUAGUGACAGGCCAUCUGAUGCAGUCUAGAAUGUUCUUACUGAAAAGAUGAAAACCAAGGUUUGAAUCUUAGUUAAUGUGUCAUGUGAUUAUAAUUCACAUAAGUAAUUUCUUAAUAACCUUGGGAGUGCUUUAAUGGAGAAUGUCAGCUCUGUAAGAUAUUACAGGUAAAAUCACAUUAAAACUUAUAAAGAAGGGUUCUAUAUGUUAUAUAGAUAUGUAUGCAUGUGUAUACACACAAAGUUAUUUUCAUAUCAAGGUCUCACCACCCAAAGUUCUGCUCAAGUCCUUUUUAAAAUUUACUUUUAUUAUUUAUUAAGUAUUUAUAAAAAUUCUUUUCUUUAACAAUAGUACUUGGUUAUGUGCUGCUGUAUAACAGGAAAGGACAGAAGACUUAAACCAGGUUAUUUAUUCCCAAAUCUUCUUCUAAUUCAGCAGUAAUUAUUUCUCAUUUCCUCUCACCCUUUCUCACUUAAAAUGUUAUCCUAAUACAUUGAGAAAACAUCACCGAAGGAUUCCAGUAACUUGGAAGAGGAGGAGUGGCUUGUGUAUGUGACACCACUUACCUUUUUGCUGGAUCAGAAGAAUACUUCCCAUUGUUUAAAGUUCAGCUUUUCUCCAGGCAGUUCACCCUGAGCUUCCUAAAGGCUGUGAGCAUGAUUUCUAGAAAUGUACUCAAUUUUAAAAAAAUUAGCUAUCAGAGUUCAUUAUAAUGGAUAAGAUUUUGCCUGUUAGUGAAGAAAUCUUUAUAAUAUGUAAACUGAUGAUAUAAGCGUAUUAAAAUUGGCAGCAACUUUUUAAAUGACAUAUUCAUUUCUUCUCCCUGAAGGAAACUGAAUCAAAAAUAAUAAAAGAUCUGUUCUUCCUUUACAGCUUCUUCCUACCAUCCUAUCAAUACCCAAAAAAUUUGCUUAGGUUUUAUAGAAAUAGGGGGUCUGUUUGAUAUCUAAAAAGCGAAUGAGAGGCAAUGUGUUGUAAUAGAUGGAGGCCUGGCCUUAGAAGGAGUGAGACCUGCCUCUUAACACAUACUAACUGUGGGAUCCUGGGAAAGUCGCUUAAAUUCUCCCUAGUGCAUCUCUUUAGGAUGAGAACUUGGUGAUGUGUUUCUAAUUGCAUUUGUAGAGAGAUUUCCACCCCAGGAGUUGCUGACCAGGUUUAGCUUUUAGGCACCCCUGUUAAAGACUAAUGGCCAUGCCUGCUUAAUUUAUCAUUAAGGUUUUCAUUUUUUGAGUUCUGUUUUCCAUUAUUAUUAGUUCAAAUGCGAAAUGAGCUUUAAGAUUUAAUUUGAGUUACUGGAUUCAGGAAACUUAGGAGUAGAUUCAUGGAUUGUAUACACCAUAGACUUGGAGAGUUGAAGAAACCUUAGAUAUUAAAGAUGUCAUCUGGCCCACCACCCUCAUUAUUUGGAAAAUGAGGCCCAGAAUGGUUUAACGACUUGCCCACAGUCAUGUAUGUAGCAAGAUACGUAGUGGCAAAAGAAGAACAAGAACCUCGGGCUUCCGAGUUCUCCAUCCAUUGCUGAGUUGGGGGUCCUGGUGCUAAAAAUGGCAAACGUGGUUGAAUAUGAAGUAUGUUUUAGCUUGGCUUUCUAGAGAGAGCUCACAGUGUGUGUGUGUGUGUAUACACAUCCAUUCAUCCAUAUACACCUGCCUUGCCGAUGAAAACACCAUCAGUAUCUCUGUCUUCAUAAGUCACUUGACAGGAAGGGAGCUUUUGUUCUUGUUUCUUACCUUAUUAGCACUUUGUCAUGUAACUAACCAUUGAAGUUAAAAUAAUUAAAUGAAUUCCAAUGGCCUUAGCUAAAUAUGCAUAUUCAACAGACAGUAUACAAGGUGCUGUGAACGAACUUUAUAUUUCUGUUUCCAAGCAGUGUAAUCUCUUCUGGACAGUCCAUGGAUGCAUGUAUAAAUAGAUACAAUAAACUCUCAAAUAACAAGUUUUUUCUUCCUCUCCCAAUUGGAAACCCCAAGGACGAUGAGGAAGCAUAUUUUUAUUAGGGCCCAUCAUGUUUGCUGCCAGAAAUGAAUGUUUUUCCGUUUACUAAACUUUUCACUUGGCCUUUAUAGUAGAAUAGAUUGAAGGGGCUCACUAGCCCCCUUUCAAGAUUUAGUCAGCAAAAACAAUAAUUUGUAAGCUUUUACAAAAAUGUUACAGUAGUUUGGAAGAUAUUACUUAUGAAUAUUGUGAUACUUUGUAACUACUGACUUGUGAGACAUGCUAGAGUGUUAGUAGUGAGCCACAUAAAGUAAUGUGAAAGUGGAAAAGUAAAAAUUAAAAGUACUUUGUGUCAA